AUGUCCACGCCCACGAUUAUUGCAACAGAAAAUUUAGCUGAAGAAAUGGAAGACUGGGGUCUUCACCAUGCAACAUACUGGUGUAGUGAUUUAGACUCAUGGGGAAGUGUGAGCGACUGGGACGUUUAUUUUAUCGACAAGACUCCUGGGUGUACUAAAGACGAAGCACAUCGGUCCCUGAGUCUUGAACUUAAUAUCCUUCUUAAGAAACUGUCGGAAAGUAGUCGAUAUUAUUCCAAGGCAAGCGCCUUGAAAAAGGCUUUGGAG